AUGUUCAAUGGUGUUAGCAGCGAUAGACACUCACACAGGGAUGAGCUGAGCAGACUUCUGCCUUCCAACCGUAGCGAUCUACCUCCGUCCCCGUUUCCCGCCAAAGAGGUCACAAAAGUUGCACUGCGGUUGAAAUAUCAGCUUGAACAAGUCAUUCCUUGCGAGCUUGACGAAGCACAGAUUACCCGAGCGAAUAGUCCUGUCAUCACCAGAAAGGUGAUCAAGACUGCCCAGGAAGCUGGAGGAGAAAAGUACCAAGCAUGUGUUGUCUACUGUCUACUGGUGUGCAAGAGAUGGUUCAAGAGACAGGCUCUCCUAGAGCUCUGGGAUGCCGAGCUCCAUGAAGUGCGAGCAGUGGCCUGUGAGGUAAUGGCCAAACGGAUCAUCGAGUCUGAAGAGGACCAGUUCUACCUUAUGCAAGAAGUCCUGCUCAAGCGCUACUCCAUUAUGCGGGACGGAGAAGAGACGAAACCUGCCAACGUCAUCGAGCGGGCUGUUGAUCUUCACGCUGUAUGGGUGAUAGGUUCUUCCGGCUAUCAGAAAUGUGUCAAGUUCCUCUGGAGGGGAUGGCUGCAUCAGGACGAUAUGAACCCAGCUAAUUUUGUCGAGUACAAGGAGAAGACGAGUUCGAACUACUGGGACCAUCUCAAUCCUGACCGCAUGCGUGCGCCUGUCUACCAGAACACCGUUCAGAUCUUCUUUUCCCUGCUCUACCUGGUUCUGUAUACCAUUGCAGUCAAUACUAUCAAUGCCACGGGUGACCUCGAUGUCGUGGAAGGCAUCCUCUACGUCAUGACUGCAGGCUUCAUCUUUGACGAAGCGUCCAAAUUCUGGAAAAUCGGCCGCUAUUAUUUUGGCUUCUGGAAUGCCUUCAACAGUACCCUCUACACCCUCCUGAGCAUCUCUUUCGUCCUCCGCAUUGUCGCCCUCAUCCACUCCCCUGACACCCACGAUGAACAACGCAUCAGGUACAACCAGCUCUCUUACAACUUCUUCGCCUUCUCCGCCCCUAUGUUCUGGAUGCGCCUUCUCCUUUACCUUGACUCCUUCCGCUUCUUCGGUUCAAUGCUUGUCAUCGUCAAGGUCAUGAUGAAGGAAUCACUCAUCUUCUUCGCUCUCCUUGUCGUUGUUGUCGUUGGCUUCCUCCAGGCCUUCAUCGGCCUCGACCAGGUCGACCACAACCGAGAUAUUACCACAUUCAUCAUUCAGGCCAUGGUCAAUGCUGUUAUGCAAUCUCCUGAUUUUGGCGGAUUCGAGAAUUUUCAGCAUCCUUUCGGCCUUAUACUCUACUAUAUCUUCACGUUUGUCGUGAUGGUCAUCCUACUCAACGUUCUCAUCGCGCUCUAUAACUCCGCGUAUGCAGAUAUCACCGAAAACGCCACUGACGAGUACAUGGCCCUAUUUGCUCACAAGACAAUGCAGUUUGUCCGAGCGCCGGAUGAAAACGUCUUCAUUGCGCCCUUCAAUCUCAUCGAGAUCGUCUUCCUCAUUAUCCCCUUUGAAUGGUGGAUGGACAGACAUCGCUAUGAAAGACUAAAUAAUUACGUGAUGGGUGUCAUUUACUCCCCGCUGUUGGCCAUCAUAGCAUUUAUUGAAGCGCGGGAGGCAAAGACGAUACGAUUGAAUCGCAAGCGAGGGGAGGAGGAUGAUGAUACGGUAGAGGAAUGGGAGGAAUUGCAAGGGGAGGUUGACCUGGAGGGAGAAGGUUGGGGUAAGAAGGUGGAGGUGACAAGACCAAAUGUGGAAGUCGAAACGGCGGUGGUGGAGGUUAGAGAGCUACAGAAGCAGGUCAAAGAAUUAAAGAAAAUGGUCAAGGAAAUGAGUGCGGAGCCUGAUGGGGGCAAUCAGUGA